UCGCAACAACGCAACACCGCAAAACGGAAACAAAAUCAAGAGAACCAAAAGGUGAAACAGCGCGAAAGUGAGUGCACCGAAAAUACCAACAUUUACGCAAAUUAAAAAUACCCAAAUCGAUAAGUUCUGCAAAUUGCAAGCGUGCAAGCUGUGCGGUCGGAGAGAGUGCGUGUGUGAGUGAAAGAGCAGAGAGAGAGAGUGGGAAGAGAGAGAUCAGCAAAAGUGAGACUCAAAGUGGCAAGCUAACGGAAUACGAAUGCGCAAAUAAACCCGAUAAAAUGUGCAAUUACAUUUGAAAGCAACAAACAAGCAACAAAAACAUUUAGUAAACCUUUAAGGAUUAAGUCAAGCAUACAGCUGGAGCAACUAAUAUCACACAGCCGGCUCAGAGCAACAAAUCAACAAUCGCGUUUAACCUCAAAUUGACAGAGGCGAGAGAUCCGACCCCCAAAAUGGUUUCACACUACUACAAUACACUGCCCUACACGCAAAAGCAUAGUGCCGCCAAUCUGGCCUAUGCCUCCGCCGCCGGCCAGCCCUGGAACUGGACACCCAACUAUCACACGCCGCCAAACCAUCAGUUCCUUGGCGAUGUGGACUCCUCGCAUGCGGCCCACCAUGCCGCCGCCGCCCAUCAGAUGUACUACAACUCCCAUCACAUGUUCCACUCGGCGGCAGCGGCCGGGGAUUGGCACUCGCCCGCCUCCAGCGCUGCGGCGUCUGAUAAUUUCGUCCAGAAUGUACCCGCAUCGGCACACCAACUGAUGCAGCAGCAUCAUGCCCAUGUGGGUGGCGGUCUGGCCAGCGCUGGAUCCAGCAGUUCCGCCAGUUCGGGCAGCAGUUCCGCCGGUGGACCAGGACCCACUAUCGGGUCCACACAACUGAACGAGACAAACAGCAGCCUGGGCGCCGAGGCACCACCCAAUCAUGCCCAGCAACAGCAGCAGCAGCACAUAGCCGAGGGACUGCCAUCGCCACCGAUUACCGUUUCGGGCAGUGAGAUCUCCAGCCCAGGUGCGCCCACAUCGGCCUCGUCGCCGCAUCAUCAUCUUGCCCAUCAUCUGAGUGGCGCUUCUGGCAACAACAACAACAGUCCAUCCACCCACAACAACAACAACAGUGUCACUGUGAACAACAACAAUCGGACAUCGCCACAGAAACCGCAGUACUACGAGUGGAUGAAGAAGCCCGCAUACCCAGCGCAGCCACAACCUGGCAAAACCCGCACCAAGGACAAAUAUCGCGUGGUCUACACAGAUUUCCAGCGCCUCGAACUGGAGAAGGAGUACUGCACGUCCCGUUACAUUACCAUUCGCCGCAAGAGCGAACUGGCCCAAACUCUCUCCCUGUCCGAGCGUCAGGUGAAGAUCUGGUUCCAGAAUCGUCGCGCCAAGGAGCGCAAACAGAACAAAAAGGGCAGCGACCCCAAUGUGAUGGGUGGUGUGCAGCACACAGACUACAGCCAGCUGAUGGACGCCAAGGCGAAACUGGAGCCGGGCCUGCACUUGCCGCACACGCUGCACUCGAUGAAUCCCAUGGCCAUGAAUAUACCCGCGAUGCGACUGCAUCCGCACCUGGCGGCGCACAGUCAUUCGCUGGCAGCGGCAGCGGCGCAUUCCCAUCAGCUGCAGCAGCAGCACAGUGCACAGAUGUCCGCUGCGGCGGUGGCCGGCGUCGGUGCGCUUUCGAUGUGACAUGAUUAUGAAGGGGCCACUGCUGCGGCCGCUGCUGCUGAUGCACAUCAUCCAAGAGCAGCGACGUCGACAGCAAUGUGUUAUGGCAACCACAACAACAGCAACAUCAGUUAUAUGGAGCAUCACGAGCAGCAUCCGCUAAUGGGGGGUGGUGUUGGUGUGAGCGAGCGAGGAGGAGGAGGGGCAGCCUAUAGUGCUGCUGCUCUAGCAGGGGACUUGGCUUAACCCUUACACAGGUUACACAGUUAGACUGUUUGUGACCCCAACGUGAAGAGUGGGCAAAGGUAGAGUGGGUGCAGCGAUGCCUUGGAAUAUUGCACGUUGUUAAUUUUUGUGAUUGUAUAUUCCUGGUGUUAUAACGCUGCACGCCCACACACACGCACAGCCCCCUCUAAAGCUCUCCAGUUUCAAUGUAAAUUUAAUAUACUUUUCCCUCCCCCCACAAUGCGCACAACUUGUAUGUAUUAUGUUUGUUUUUUUGUUCAAAAGUAAUUUAAAGUAAAUGUUUAACGCGUAAGAUCUUAAAUAUCUAUGAAUCUAGUUCUUAAGUUGCCCAGGAAAAACAAAUUUUCACCUUAGCCGUCCAUCGGCCCCCGAGCAAGAGAAAAAACUUAACAUAAUUUAGUACAAGUUUGCACCAGAGAUAAAACCUUCAACUUUCUGUGCAAUUAAUUAUAAAAAGAGAACCACUUGAUUCUUCAACCCGUGUAAAUAUAUCGACAUAGAGAGUGUUUUAACGUUUAUUACUUUUAUAUCGUAAUAACAAUUAGCUUUUAGUGUAAUCUAAAAUUUACAUACUACAUUUAAUGAGCAUUAUUUGAGCAUAAAAAGCAAAAUUAAAAUAAAAACAAACUAAACAAAAUAAAUAUGUAAUGUUUUUGCCCACAA